UAUUUAAGCACGAUCGGGCCCACGAGAAGGUCAGCAGACAGCAUUCGGCGAUCGUUUCGGGCGGCUCCUCCGAUCGGACGCAGUGAAAGUGUGCGCCUCGAAUUCGAGCAGACGUACACAAAACACACCUGCCGGGGGCUGCCGUAGCGUUUCGGUGCGUUUGUUGGUGGGCCAAGAUCAAAAGCAAGCCACACGUUGAACGGGCUAGACUGACGCCUACAGUACCGAUCGGAACCCGAUCAGUUGUAUUCGAACGAUGUGCAAUGGUGUGGUAUUAGUUUAGGUUCGUUUCUUGAACGGUGAAAGUGUUCUGCAAACCGGUGAAAUAUAGCUAUCUUCAAUAGAGAUAGCCUAUAUUCAAACACUUCCAAUUGGACGCAUUCCACACGGUUGGUGCUCGUUUUCUACCUUUGGUUCCUGGGCAAAUUGUCAUCAUGGCGUCGUGUUUGCGGUUUGCAUCGGCCCGGUGCGUGUUAUUGCUGUUAAGUGGCCUUUUGUUCGUCCUAAUCUGUGAUAUUGAUCGUGCACAGGGUGCUUCCGUAUACAAAUCACCUAAUCUCGACGACGCUCGCUUUUGGCGACGCAAUGCCGAAACCUACCUCAAGAAAGUACUGAUGUACGAUGAAAACCGUCGUAUGAUACCGUCAGUGGCGAAGAACAUCAUCAUCUUCGUGGGCGAUGGAAUGGGCAUUGCCUCACUAUCAACCGGACGCAUCUUUAAGGGCCAGCGGGCUGGUCGGUCGGGCGAGGAGGAACAGCUCAGCUUCGACAACUUCCCCAACACGGGCAUGUCGAAAACGUACAACACCGACAGACAGGUACCGGACUCUGCCGGUACAGCCACUGCCAUGUUCUCCGGAGUCAAGACAAAGUACGGCGUGCUGGGAGUGGACUACACGAUCACCGAGACGAACUUGGAGGCGGCCAAAUUGCCCUCGUUUAUGGAUUGGGCACAGGAGGAAGGCAAGCGAACGGGUAUUGUGACCACGACACGCGUCACACAUGCUACGCCCGCCGCUUGCUACGCUCACUCGAUUAAUCGAAACUAUGAGUGUGGGGCCAAAAUUCCAGUACAUUUGAAGAAUCGCAUCAAGGACAUCGCUCGUCAGAUGAUGGAGGAUGCACCGGGGAAGAAUCUGAACGUCGUGUUGGGUGGUGGUAGGAACCAUUUCGGUGCGUCGAUGCCAAACCAUCUUAAGCCGGAGUAUCAAUUCCAAGGAGCGAUGGAGAAAACUUGCAUGCGAACCGAUGGACGCAACUUGGUGGAGGAAUGGAAGCUACGCUGGAAUGGCACGAAUGCUGCGUACGCGUGGAAAACCUCCGACCUGAGAGCAGUCGAGCUGGAUAAGGUUGAUCAUCUGCUGGGACUGUUCAAUGACGAUCAUUUGAGCUACGAUACGGUGCGCGAUCGUACUCCCGAUGGCGAGCCCUCGCUGAGUGAGAUGACGGAGGCAGCAAUCAAGGUUCUACAGCGGCCAGACUCGGCAGGGUUUGCUCUAAUGGUUGAAGGCGGCCGAAUUGAUCACGCACAUCAUCAAAACCAUGCCCAUCUAGCGCUGGCCGAGGUAGUGGAGUUAGAUAAAGCAGUAGAAACUGCGCUCAAAUUGGUGGAUCUAGACGAAACACUCAUUAUCGUAACGGCGGAUCAUUCGCAUGCGAUGACCUUCAACGGCUAUCCAGAUCGAGGAAACGAUAUUCUAGGCUUUGGCAAUCGACCGAACGCGACUCCCUACGAAACGAUAACCUACGCAAACGGACCAGGCUUCCUGCAGCAUCGCUGGAACUCUAGCCUGCUGAGCGAGGAGUCGACUGAUUGGGCCACGUGGAUUAAGCUGAAUCAACUCAACCGGAGUGAAGUGACUUACAAGCAUCUGUCCGCGUUCCCGCUGCCGGACGAAACGCACGGCGGCGAAGAUGUGGCUGUGUUUGCAUCCGGCCCCGGUGCUAAUCUUGUGCGCGGCACGUUCGAACAAAACUACAUUGCGUAUGUCAUGAGUUACGCCGGGUGUAUGGGACCGGCAAAACGGUUUAACCUUGCCUGCGACGAUGAUUUUCCUCGUACAGCAGCCAAAGCGUCUGGUGCUCAACGUGCCGUCAGCAGUAUUGUGCUAGUCAUUGCCUCCCUGCAUGCCAUGGUUAGUUUAGUAGGACGAAUGUAAAGUUUAAGAAUUAUCGUAUUGUAUCAAUUAAGUACUGUCGUUUAAGAUUAAGAUCGUAGAUGCUGGCGUCAAAAUCAUAGAAAUUUACCUCAAACAUCAUCAAAUAUACAGAUUCGCUUCAAAUCAGAAGCGUAUUUCAAA